AUGGCGAGAUCUACGCGAGCGCGAACGCGUCGAUCCCAUCUAUUGGGCGGAUGUGGCACCUGCAGGCGUCGCCACGUGAAAUGCGAUCAAAAACGGCCUACAUGUCGCACAUGUCGGAGUAUCGGGGUGCCGUGUGAGGGUUUCUCUGAUCAGAUCCUUUGGGUACGUGGUGAUGAUAGUGAAGAGUUGGCCGAAGACGGUCGCCGCGCAACUCGACGGCACCUCUACACAGAAAAGGACCGUCUUUCUAUGAGCGAUUCCUUGACUACCAAUCUGCUAUCCGGCUCGAUUGACGCUUCAUUGGCUGAAAUCGAAUUAAGAUCUCGAGAUACUGAUCGUGCGACCGAUGAUGAUGUAGUCAUUGGGCCAUUUGGAGUGUUGAAAUUUACUCCAUCAAGCACAGAGCCACAAGCUCAAGAUGUUAUUCAAUCGCCAGCUCAGCAGCUAGUUUUGCCGGCUUUAGCGCAGGAAGUUGAGCCUAUCCCAGCGGACCCUGAUCCCAAUGGCUCCGCGGAUGCUAUCAUCCCGGAAGAGAUCCAGGAUACUAGCCCAUUGUCGAUCAUGGAUUCUCUAUCCCAGAUGGAUGAUUUCCUGCACUGGUCAGACCUGUUAGGAAUCAAUCUUGAUCCAUCGGGAUUCGCAACAUAUCCCAAUCUGAGCCUGCAGCCGGAUAUGUCCUUGGAUCUAAACAACGACGUGGGAUUACUGUCCUUCACUUCCACAACGAAUCACAAUUCCAUACAGGCUAUCACUCCCCAGCAGACACCAAUGGAGUUUGUAUCAACCGCAACCGACCUUCUUCAGAACGCCCAAUUCCUUCUCAAGCAUUUUCAGGAUGUCGUGAUUCCUCACAUUAUGGCAAUCCCGUUCGGACUGAAAUCACCAUGGAAAAUUCUGAAUUUACCUGCUGCAGUAGUCUCGUUUGGUGAUUCCACUUUCCUUGGCACGGACGGUGUCAGUCAUGCUCGGCUUGCCAAUCUCUACGGGAUUAUUGCCUGCUCCGCUCUCGAUUUGGCGUUGAGACCACAAGAUGGAAUGUUGGAAUCUAGUGACCAUUGGCACCACACCGCAAACCAGUUAUACCAUAAUGCGAAAGACCACAUGCAGAUCUCAUUACAACAUGAGACUCAGGGGCCGAGGAAAGCCAAGUACAAAGACCAGCUGAUGUCAGCGAAUAUUCUGACACAAUACGCCAUUUUGUCUGGUCAACAGCAACACGCACGUUGCUUCUUGAUUGAUGCAGAGCGACUGUUACGUCUGCGUGGAUUAUCCAAAAGCCGAAUCUCUAAGAAGGCCCGUCUCUUGCACCAUGUCUAUACCUGGCUGAGAAUUCUCGGAGAGAGCACCUUUGUUCUGCACGACUACGGCCUAUCCUAUUCGUGUCUCGACAAUCUCGGUUCCUCGGGUCGAAUCCACACCCCGAGCGCCAUAGGGAAUAGCAAUCCUGUACAAAACGAGCCCAAUCCCCGUCUAGAUGACUUUCUCCGCCUUGGCAACCAGAAUUCUGAUAAUGACCUCAAUAUCGACGAACCCAAGGACCACGCAUCUGGAUACAAUGAUAUUCAUUUGCAUGAUUCCCGCAGUUUCUCCGAGCACCUCUACAAGCAAAUCUACGGCAUCCCAGAGACAUGGCUUAGUCUAGUAUCUCAAACAACUAGACUCGCAAACGUCAUGGAAGCCUUCCGAACUGCAAGGAGUUCAGGUCGAAGUGUGAGCAUGGAAGCAUGGGAAAAGCUGCAGCGACGAAGUAUGCGCUUAGAGAACAUGAUCUGCUCAUUAAAUCUGGGCCGUACUCGAGGACAGUCCACCGACCUGCAGACCCUUUCCAAGCCGCAUGUAUGCAUGCUUGAAGCCUUGAACGAGGCACUUAUGAUCUUCUUCUAUCGCCGGAUUCGAGAGGUUCAUCCGGCUGUGUUACAAGGACAUGUUGACAAUGUGAUCAACGCGCUAGAAGAGUGCAAUGACACAUUGUCACAAGAUGCCCAAUCGGGUCCCGGAACUGCAUGGCCAAUUUUUAUUGCGGGGAGUGAGGCUCUUACUACCAACAGAAGGGAGGCUGUCUUGAAAUGGUUGGAUAAUGCCAGUUCCAAAUGCGGAUGUACUUCAUUUUCUACGGCGCGAGAUGUCAUGAUGAAAGUUUGGCGCAAGCAGGAUGAGCACCUGAUGGCCAAUCGGGGAGACCGGAUAUUGUCAUGGAUUGAAAUUGUGAAAGAAGAGCAGACAUGGCCUUUGUUCUUUUGA